UUUUCUUUCAACAUAGAUGUCACUUCGGGCAACACUUGUGAUCUUGGUAGUUGCGGUGCUGGUGGCCUUGUGUCAAUCAUUAGCACAUGAAGAGAACGAUAUACCACCCGAGUACGGUAAUCUCGAAAAUUACUUCUACGGAUCGCCAAGAUCACGAGGAGUAUUGUUUGAUUGUAUUCUUUGGUCCAUACAUCAAUGCUCUCCGUCAACUGAUCUCCCAUGCGCCUCCUGUUGUGUGUACUAAUAAAGC